AUGAAUCAACAAUUACCACAGAUGAAAUCGAUAUGGAUCGAUGAGGAUCAGGAAGCUGAAAAAUUAUACAGUCUACAAGCACAACAGUUAAUGGGUGAUGAUGAAUUGAACAUUACAUUAGUGAAUAGUGAUAAACCAGCACUAAAUAAUAAGAAGCAGAUUGACCUACGUCCAUUAGUUAAAAAAUCCAAUUCUCCGCUAUUAUAUAACAAAGAACAUAAAUUUAGUGGUAAGUCUUCCACAUCUGCUCAAGUUCAAGAGGGAUCAAACAAAGUCAGCUAUAAGAAGUCUAUAAUGAAUCUAUUUAAAAAUGGUAAUGUUUCUAGUCAUAGUAGAAAAAAGAAGCAACAAAACGAUGUAAGGAUCAUAUCUGGUCCAUUUGAUUUUCAACAUAUUUCACAUGCUGGUGGGAAACAAGAACCUGCAAAUGAAUCAUCACAAAGAACAGUCAAUGCGGAUAAGGUGGAUCCCAUGCGUAGUGAAAAUAAGCGUAAAGAUUCUGAGUCUAUGAAGGACUCUAUUUCUUUAAACAAAGCCUUUAUAACAAAAACUUUACGUCCCGAUUCCGAAGUUUCAUCAAUAUAUGCCAAUUCAAUGAAAAGUAACGAAUGUCAUGACAGGAUUAUGUCUGUGUCUUCUACAGCCACUACAUUUUUGGAGAGAACACCAUCUUUCCAUAGGAUCAAACAUUUAUCAAACCAUAAUAACAAGAUUUUUAAUGCGCAGAAGCCACAAUUUACUACAACUGAACGUCCAAAUUCCUCAGGAAGUAAUAUAUCUAUAAAUUUUUUAAAAAAUUAUAAUUUCCCAACACUUUUAGAGGAUGAACAAAUUCAAGAUUUCAAUCAAAUUGUAAUAUUAAAAGAAGAGGAAGAGCAAAAAAGAGGGAAAGAGGGUAUUAAUAAUGUCUUACAGCCACCUGCAAUAUCCUUAUCAUCAUCCUAUUCGACUACAACAUCUUCUUCAUCAUUCCCAUCUACUACUGAUCUUCCCAUGAAGAGCCAUUGUAACAAUAGAUCAAUAUCUACUACAAUUUCCAACAGUUCAUCUACAUAUUCCUCAAUAAAACCUAAAAGCAUGCAUAAGAGGACUAGUUCUGUGCCUGGUUCAUUAAGUACACCAGACUUGGAACAAUUUUUGUUCUCUGAUGUUGCAUUUAAGGAUCAUAUAUCUGUGGAUGACAUUUUAAGAUAUUAUAAUACCAAUAAUGAUGGGAAACUUGUUACUUCCAAAGAUGGGAAUAAAGUUUCAAUUAUGGAUACCGAGGAACCGGUGUAUCAACAUGAUUAUUUAUAA